AUGUUGUUUUAUGAAAGUAGUGAGCGUCUAUACAGCAAUGUUUUAAUAACACAAGUGCUAGAGGAGGUGACCGAGGCAUUGCACAAGACCAAUCCAGAUCUAUUCGAACUUUACGAACUAUUUUGUCUUGACACGGGCGAAAUCGAAGUUUUUUCGAGCCGUAGAAUGAUGAAUUGGCUACAAUUCGCAAAAGACUGCAAACCACCCGUAUCGCCGAUACCGGUGUUGCUUAAGAAAAAUGGUUUUGGGGAAAAAGAUUAUGAUAAGCUUGAUGAUUUGGUUAGUGAAGCACCUGGAAGUAAAGCCAAGGAUGAGAUUCAAAGGCUUUUACAAAUCGAGUCCAAGAAAGCAAAAAAGAAAUAA